AAUCUUGUUACAAUGAGGCUACUCAAAACAUCAAAAUUUAGUAACUUUUCCACUCUUGCCAUUUACAGUUGAAUCUCCGCAGUAUUUUUUAAAACUGAGACGAAAGAAAACCAUCGUUUCCUCAUCAAUUUAAUUUUAUUGUAACCACGAGGGAGUAAUUUUGAAAAUUUUCAUGCUAGUUUCAUACCUAUGUAUGUAGUAUUCUUUAAAAGUGUUCGCAGGAUUUGUAGUUUUGUACAGUGUUCGUCUCAGCCAUGGUUUUUUACGUGAGGCUAAUGAUCUUGGCUAGUGCACUUCCAUUUGUCUACUCAUACUUUGAUUUUCUUUGGCAUUCAAGGAAACAUAAGACGUGAAAAAUUGAAACAUAUUCAUCCUACACCUUCCGUUCCAAGUCUUCAAAGUCAGAAUGGCAGACGAUGGAGAGGAAUCGUGGCUGUACGGAGAGAAUGGCGCCGCUAUCGAGCAACUCAACGCAGAACACAGUCAGUACUUUGCCGAUAAAAACGAUGACGGGCCACCUGGUAUUGAGCGAGGAUCAGAACGGGAAAGCAUGGAUGAUAUUCCUGCUCCCCCUGGUGUGAGUGAUGAGAAGGAUAAUCAAGCAGAAGAGGAUGGUCAAUUGAAUGCAUCUGUUACAGAAUCUGAACCUCCACUUCCGGAGACGAACGGUGAUGUUGAGGAGAAAGAAGAAGGAGAACGUGAUGAUGACAGCAAGGAAGAUGAUGAUGACGAUGAUGAUGAUGACGACGAUGAUGAUAAUAUCAAUAUUGUUAUUGGAGACAUCCGAACAGCACCAUCCUCCUACUCUGCGCUCAAUAUCAAAAGAGGAGGGCUUGUCUCUUCAGUCAGAGGUGCUGAUAAAACAAAGCCCGCAGGGAAAUUUUCUGUUGAGGAUUUUGAACAAAUAGGAACUAUCAACUCGGUGCCUGUACAUGAGUACAAUUUAGAUACUCUGGAAGAAAAACCCUGGCGUAAACCUGGAGCAGAUAUCACAGAUUAUUUCAACUAUGGUUUUGAUGAAGACACAUGGCGAGCCUAUUGUGAAAGGCAGAAACGGUACCGUUUGCAGGAAUCAGGAGUUGGACUUGCAACUCUGAGCAGCAAUGCAACCUCCACAGGAACAACGAAUAUUUUAGUUCCAACAAAUAACUUUGUUCCCCAGCAGAAAACUACAAUCGAUACGGCCGUUCCCCCACCACCUCGCCCGCACGUCCACACCGAACAGAAGUAUAAUGCUCCUGCAUCAGUUAUACCUGUUAUGACAGCUGAUAGGAGAGAAUACAGCAGAAAACACCUCGGCGAUAUGUCGGCCCCUCCGCCUAGCAUCCCUCCUCCAGUUGUGCCUCCCCCACAGUAUGGAGUCCCACCCCCACCAGCUGGGUAUCCUCCUCCGCCACCACCGAGGGAAUAUUCAGGCAACUACUUCCAGCCUCCUGAGGUAGAUUCUUAUUACCUCCACAACUCGUAUGAGCCAACUCAAGACUCUCAGUGGAACCAGGCUGGAUGGGUUCCCCCUGUCAGUGUCAAGAAUAUUCCUCCGCCAGGCACGACACCAGUGGAUAUCAAGUCUGAAGAAAACUUGCCGCCAGGAACUGUCCAAGUGAAAAAAGAGCCAGCUGACGGUGCAUCAUCGUCCAGCAGAGAACGCGAAAAGGACCGAUACCGGGAAAGGUCUCAAAGGCAUCGGUCGAGGAGUAGAAGUCAUGAACGCAGGUCAAGGAAACGGAAGUCAAAAAGUCGUUCUCCCUCACACAGGAGCCACAAGAAAAAGAAGUCCAAAAAGUCUGAGCGAUCAAGGGAUAGGUCCAGAGACAGGUCAAGGGAAAAGGAUAGUUCUUAAGUGUGGAGUCUGAAGGUUUUUUACAUUUUUUUAUCAACUGAUCGUGUAAAUAGAUUUUUUUGUUUCCUCUUCAACUUGCUGUUUUCAAGCUUAGUCUAGAUAUUUGGUUCUUAAACUUGUUAUUUACACAAGGACCUUUGCUUCUAGCAGCCUCACCAUCGUAAUGAAGAACGAAUGCAGUCUCAAACUCUUCUUAGAAGAAGGAAGUAAAAUGCAGAUAAAAAUCGCACAAGAAUGAUUCCUUUGAUGAAUGAAAAAAAAGCAAAUUCAAAUUUUCAACUGACACAGACUUCUGAGGCUCAUGAGAAAUUUACACUAAAUGACAAAGCCAGAAAUUGAGCCUUUGAAGUCAGUUGUUUCCAGAAGAAAAUCUUUGAAAUAAGUCUUGUUUAAAAUCUUAUCUUUUCUCAAGGGCUUGUCCCCACUAGACAUUUUUCCGGAGUUAAUGGUCCCUAGUAACAAGUUCCUUAAACGAAUUUUAUUCCAGUUUCCUGAGGGAGUCUUGUGACUAAGUUGAUAGAUAUACAGGUUUGCUACUAGGUUCCUUAGUUGUGGUAGUCAAUUUUGGGGAGGUAGAAGUUAAUUUUCAGUUUGCAUUGGUAGAAAUUAAAUGCUUGAAACAUGAAACCUCUUGUAAAGACUUGCCCCAAAAAAUCUUACAUACCCCGUUCAUUCACUACAUACGGGUUUCAAUUCUUAUUCCUCCUUCAUUUUCAAAGGCAGCCAAAAUAUUAUUGGUCGAUGACUUGAUUUGGACACAAAUAGUGAUCAGGUUUGCGUAGAAAAACCUUAUCGUCUUCAUGUGAAGGCCAAUUUUCAAUGUGUUUAGUAUUCACCUUUUUGAAAAGCUUAAGGUAUCUGCUCUAAUGUAUUUUUACAGAUCUCUGGUUAUAUGAAUCUAAAAAAAAAAAAAAAAAAAAAAAAAAAAGUGAGAAAUCUAUUCAUCAUAUAAAUCUCGUUUGAGGAUCAUGACUUUAUUCUAAGCAGACAGUUGUACCUCUAUCAUUAAGUUUGCAUCUGAAAAGUUGUCUUAAGGCAAGAAGUAUAUUUCUGGAAAGUCUAGGUAAAUCUAAUAAAAUGAAAAGGCAAUUUAAAUUUGACAUCUUUAGCAUUUUAAGAGAAUCUAAGGCACUAAAGCACUGAUAUCAAACUUGUUAUGAUUUAUUGACUUUAUCAAGCGCAGCAUAGACCAUUUCCAAGAAAUUGUUCCAAAAAGGGGACCAAAACCAAUUAGGAUAAAAAACAGUGUGGCGUUCAUUUCUUGUUACUGUCCUGAGUCCUUUUUAUUUUAAGUUCCAUUCUAAUUGCACUCUGUAAUUUGCAACUUUCUGUUAAUAAACUUGGAAAAUGCCA